AUGAAGUUUGAGACCAUCCUGGAUGAAGUCAGCGGCUUCGGGCCUUUCCAGAUCAUCAUCGUCGUCCUGCUGUGCUCCCCUCGGAUGGUUCUUCCUCUUCACUUCAUGCUGACCAACUUCAUCGCCGUGGCGCCUCCUCACCGCUGUGACAUCAGCUCGCUGGCCGAUGGAGGACUCUUUGGAAACCUGACUCAGGAGCAGAGGCUGACCGUCGGCAUUCCCCAACGAGAAGAUGGAGGACCGAGAUCCUGCGAGAUGUUUGCAGAGCCACAGUUCCAGCUUCUAUCCAACAGCUCCAGCAGCGGUCUGCCCACGGUUCAGUGUCGGAGCGGAUGGGUUUACGACAACUCCACCUUCACCUCCACCCUGGCAACAGAGUGGGACCUCGUCUGCGACAGAAAGAGUCUGACCAAAACCUCCAGCUCGAUAUUCUUUUUUGGAGUCAUGCUCGGGGCCGUGGCGUUUGGAUUCCUCUGUGACAAGUUUGGGAGGAAGAACACCCUCCUGGCCUCCUACAUCAUGUCCAUGGUGUUCGGCUUCUCCACCGCGUUCGCAAACUCCUUCGUUCUGUUUUCAGCGUUGAGGUUUCUCACCGGCUUCGCGCUGACGGGGCUCAGCCUCAACUCGCUCGUCCUCAGCAUCGAGUGGGUGGACACGGCUCACAGGUCGUUCAUCAGCGUGAUCGGGAGCCUGACCUGGUGUGUGGGGAACAUGCUGCUGGCUGGCAUCGCCUUCCUGGUGACCGACUGGAGGACGCUGACCAUGGCCGUGACGGCGCCGCUGGGACUGGCUGUUUUAACCUGGUGGUGGGUUCCUGAAUCUGCUCGGUGGCUCUUAGCCAACGGUAAGGUGGAGGAGGCUCAGUUCUACCUGGACAGGUGUGCAAAGAUCAACAGAAGACAGAAAAUGUCCUCCAACUUCAAACUGGAGGCUCUGGCCAACAUGAACGUCCAGGAGAAGCAGGGGAGGAGCUACUCUUACCUGGACCUCAUCAGAACCCCGAAGCUGAGAUGGUUAACUCUGCAGACCGGGAUUAUCUGGUACGGAGUGGCCUCGACGUAUUACAGCCUCAGCCUGAGCAUCACCGGCUUUGGCCUGAACAUCUACCUCACACACUUCAUCUACGCCGCCAUCGAGGUUCCUGCCAAGCUGACGGUUUAUUAUGUCGUCAACGUCUUUGGACGAAGGAAGUGUCAAGCAGGGACGCUGAUGCUGACGGCAGCCUGCGUCGCCAUAAACAUCUUCAUGCCCAAAGAUGUGUGGCACGUCCGUGCGGUCGUGGCCGUCCUGGGGAAAGGCUUCUCAGAAGGCGCCUUCACCACCGUUUUCCUCUACACGACGGAGCUUUACCCCACGGUCAUCAGGCAGAACGGUUUGGGCUACACCAACUUCAUGAGCCGUCUGGGCGUGUCGGUGGCUCCUCUGGUCCUGAUGCUGGACGACGUCUGGACCCUGCUGCCUCAGAUCAUCGUCUGCGGCGUGGCCUUGGUCUCCGGCCUCGUGGCCACGCUGCUCCCAGAGACGCUCAACGUGAGGCUGCCGGAGACCAUCGACGACAUCGAGGAGCCGAGAACCAACUAUGGCGCCUCUCAGAGCAAAGAACCUUUUGGUGAUUUCCUGGAAUCAAAGAGCGACACAAAAGAAGCACCUUGAGGAAACGUCCUGAUGACCGAACAGCAAGCGUCCUGGCUGAGGGUUGCUUCAUCUGGAACAGACUGAAGGAAGCAACUCGGUCCACUUCAGAGGGAAACCAUCUCAUUAUUCCUCUGAACUGGUUUCUGGUUCGAUUGUCUCUGUCUGAAACACUCCAACAUUAUAGUCUGCUAUCACAGUGUUUAAAUAGAAUCGUGAGUGUGCAGCUGAAUCAUUUUAAGACAAACGAGCUUCAUGUUUAUGGAGAAAAAAAGCUAGAGAUGAGUUUUGAUGGUUUAAUUAAAGACCAUCGAGGGUUUAAACAGAACAAUUCUGCUUCUCUGCUGCUUGUAAGAACAUUCAGAUAAAAAUCUUUAAGCGUUUGUGUGAUUUAAAAACCUCAAGAUAGAAAAAUACUGAAGGUCAUUUGUUUGUAAUAUACAGACUAAAUUAAUCACUGGUUCAGCUGCAAUCUUAUUUAUAACAUUUAUAAAGAAUAUUUUUGUGGCUUCUUAGACUUGACUGAAUGUUGGAAUAAACUGAUUAAACACUGGGAAA